AUGUCGUCCUUAUACUCUGGUGAACAUGGGGAAGGACGCAGUGCCAGGGCAAGCAAUAAAUCCAUCGGUCAGGCUAUGCAGCGGACGCGGGAAUGGAUGGCGGCUUACCAGACGGGAUCCGGCGACCUGACCGCAUCGACCUCCUCACACUCGCCUUUUAGCAACCCAAACGACGAUCUGGAUCUCGAUUCACUUUUCAGGCGCCUGGAUAGGUACACGGCCGAAAUGCAGGAAGUGGAGGACCGCCUCAAGCGGGCGAGGAGCAUUUCCGACAAAUCCGAAGGAAUCCAUAUCAAGAGAUUCUCUUUUGAAGGUAGUCCUUCUCUGGAAGCGGCCGAACCAUUACCGACAUUUGGAGUGCCGCCCAAGUCAUAUCCUCUCACCGACUGGAAAUCCGGACAAAUCACAAGCAUCACGACUUCCUCAGAACAGGCUUCGCCAGCUCCGCUCGCCCAUACACAGCCUCAGAACUCCAUGCACACAAAAUAUCCGUCGCUCGAUCAGGACGAAUUACAAGACGACUCGCCUGCACCAUUGUCUGGGAAUUGGAAACAAUGGGCAGAGCAGCGGUUCUUGCCCACCAAACUAGCCUUGAAGCGUAGCAGCAGCAGAUACUCGGACAGAAGAGAAUCAUAUUCGGAACCCUUGUACCAGGAAUUUGUCUGGAAGCGGCAAUCACCAUCCCCGCCUGUGAACGGAAGUCAUCAUGCGUCAGGUUCCGAAGUGAACCAGGUCUUGGCCCAGAUGCCCGAAUAUUCAAUAGAAGACCAUGACGACUAUCAACAGUACGACUUCUCUGAGGAGGACGAACCGGGUCCAGCAAUCCCUAGAUCUUGGACAUUGCCGCCCAGAACUUCAAGCAUGAAACAACCGCAUAAGGAGGUGUGGCAGGAAGAAGCAACGACUUCCUCCCGACCGAUGCCGCGGAGGAGGAUGACAACCAGCGACGCACGCCCUUCGAUAAGAAAUGGUGGGCUCUGGUCCGGCCAGGCUGCCGAACUUUUCGCGCAAGACGACGAACCGCCUGUUCCUUCAUUAUCCCAAUCCACCUCAAUCGCAACAUUAAGUUCAAAUCCUCCUAUGACACCCCUGACACUAAGCGACCCGAGAGAAGACCAAUUACGCCGAGAGAUGGAAAGUUUUGCCAUUCAGGACGGCCCGGAGACACUUGAGCACCGCUACAAGAAACGCAGACCACCUCUACUGAAUUUGUUCAAUUCGGACGACGAGGAGGAAGAUCAACAAUCGGUAUCCACCUUGGAACCGGACAAUUCGAGUUUGUUUGACGUGAGUGACGACCGUAGCGUCCGAGCCCGAGCCCGACGACGGCGCAAGAGCCUCCUCAGCAUUUUUCAGAGGAGGUCGCCUGUUGAAAAGCUGAUCGAUAUGUAUUUCAACGACGAGCCAGAAGAGAAGGCGAGCCCACCGAAAGCAUCUAAUCGAUCCAGGAAAAGCUCUUUUGCCCGAGAGAAGAUACCGAAAAGCCCAGCAACGCCACCGUUACCUUCAGGCCUCCACGGAAAGCAGACGUCGCUCUAG